CUUUACAAUCCUCCACUACCUGCAUUAGUCCCACCACCACCCCCAGCUCAUUUAAUAGCACCAGGUCCAUAUGCAGCUUUUCUUCCAGCACCACCUCCACCAGUUCUAGCCGCACCGGUUCCAGUUGCAGCAGCUCCGGCUAUUCCUCUACAUGCUCCUCCGCCACCGCCGCCGGCACCUCUAGCUGUAGCUGAACCUAUUGCGUGUUCUCCGGCUUGUGUAGGAUCAGCAGUUUGUUUCCAAGGUGCCUGCACUUGUGCUACUGGUGUUGUCUACAGCCCAGUAGUGGGAUGUGCUCCUCCACCACCUCCACCACCACCACCACCACCACCACCACCAGUCCCAGUAGUCGCUAGCCGAGUUAUUCCACAAGCCCUUCCCGGCGCUCCAUGUGAACCCGGCGUAGAAUGUACCGGUGGGAGUGUCUGUUCUUUGGGAAUCUGCUUAUGCCCUCCAGAUCUUGUACAAGAAGGUACUGUAUGUGUUGCCCGUACUGUUUACGGCGUUGUCGCUCCACCACCACCACCACCACCGGUAGCCGUUGCCGCACCCGUAGCACUGGGAGCUCCUUGUGUACCAGCAGCUGCACCAUGCAUUCCUGGAGCAGUAUGCCAAAGCGGCGUGUGCGCUUGUGCACCUGCUUACGUUCCUGUUGCUGAUGCUUGCGUUCGUAGGCGUAAGUUUUUUGUUCAUUAUUGA